AUGAAUGACCUCUCCAAGACCUUCAGUACGCUAGCAACUCAGCUUUCGCAGCUGGCAAGUUCGAUCUCAAGCGAUGUUGAAAAGAACAGCGCCGCCGUUGACAUAGCCCGCAGGAUCCUCGCGGCAGCUCGAGGACCGACACCAGAUUGGAUGGACCGGAUGAUAAAUGUCAUGGAAUUGACUGGACUUAAAUUGCUCCUUGACUGGAACGCACUGGCCAUGAUACCAUCGGAGGGCUCGAUAACAUACGCUGAGUUGGCCAAAAAGCUGUCAGCGGAGGAGCCCUUACUUCGACGGCUAGCCUGGGUGCUUGUUUCUAGUGGGAUGUUGCGUCAGGUUGAUGACGACAAAAUCGCGCAUACAGAGAAGUCACGCGAGUAUCUUCCCGGGACACCUAAUGAACUCCUGCUACACAUGAUGUUCGAAGAGCAUGUUACGACGGCUCUGAAGCUGCCCGAGUACUUUGAACAGUACGGCCGCCGGGAGCCGGCCACUCGCCAGCACACUCCCUAUGCCUUUUCACGCGGUCAGCCAGAAAAGGAGAUCUGGGAGAUUCACCAAGAGAACCCUGCACAGGUAAAGAGGUUCAUGGGAGUUAUGGAAAUGGUGCAGUCAUUCAUUCCUCUAGCCGGUAUCUACGACUUUGGCUGGGUGGAGACGAAGCUGUCUGAGCAGCAUGACAGACCGCUUCUCGUGGAUGUGGGUGGCAGCAAGGGCCACGCCAUCAAGGCGAUUAUGAAGGAGAACCCUUUUAUUCCAGCCGAUCGCAUAGUUCUCCAGGACAGAGAUGAGGUGAUUCAACAGGUUGUGGAACUUAAAGAUUCGGGGCUCGAUGGUGUACACCUACAGGUACACGACUUCCACGAAGCGCAACCUGUCAAAAACGCACUGAUCUAUUGGAUCCGGCGAUGUCUGCACGACUAUGGAGACGACGACUGCGCCACGAUGCUCACGCAGCUAUCGGAUGCCAUGAGUUCGGACAGUAAGGUACUCAUCGUCGAGUAUGUCCUUCCGAGCCCUCCUCCGCCCAUUGGCGCCAUGACAGACUUCGGCAUGCUUGGAAUUGGGGGAAAGGAACGGACAGCCAAUGACUGGGAGGUGCUUGUUGCUAGGUCUGGGCUCAAGAUUGAGAAGAUUCAUGGCCUGGAUAUGAAGAUGCAGGUCAUUGAGUGUGUUAAGGCCUGA